AUGCAAAGCUGGAAGCGGUUGAGCUGUGGCCUCUCCUUCUUGGUGGCUCUGGGCCUUCUGCGCGCCACAUGGAUCGGUCCAGGAGGGCCGCCAGACCUGGCUGCCGUUGCCGAGGGAACUUCGGCCGUUGGCAGCGCGGCCACUUCGGUGCCAGGCCCAGCGCUGCCGGAAGUGCCAGCGCGGCCUUCGGCACAAGAGGUGCUGCGGCGCCGCGCAGGGCUCUACGCCGACAAAUCCCGGGUCCCACAGUUUCGAGAUGUGGUGCUCUUGACCGUGGCCAAUGCUGCUUACAUGGACUUUCUGCUGAACUGGGAGUGCCACGCGCGGCGCUUGGGCUUGGAUUGGGUGACUUUGGCGCUGGACCAGGAGGCCUUCGAGCAACUGGACAAGACGCAAGCACUUCUGGCCACGGGGCAGACUGCGGCGAAGCCACUUGAGUACCUCAGCAAGGGCUUCAACCUCAUGUCGAUGAAUACCUUGGCCUCCGUGUUUGAUGUAAUGAAAGAGGGCUUUGACGUGGUCUUCACGGACAGUGACAAUGUCUUCCUGAGCGAUCCUUUUGCCGCAGGUGUAAGCCUUGGUGAGUUGAUUCGAUCCAAGAGGUACGACUACAUCUAUCAGCUGAACUGGCCUGGGCCCCGGCAUUACGAGCCAGGUGCCGAGGUGAAUGAAGGAAACACCGGCUUCUACUACGCCUCCAUGCGAAAGCCGCAGAUCAUGACCCAGCUAUGGGAGGCUGUGCUGAAGGAGUGUCGCCAGCGGCCGAACAUGGAUGGUCAGCCCAACUUCUGGAGCGCUCUGCGGCGGCUCCGGAAGGUGAACGUCUCGCCCUGCUUCCGGAUGUGCCGUCAGGAGAGCCAGUGCAACAGCAGUGCCCAGGCAGAGAUCCUGGAGUAUUGCGAAAUGGAUCCCUACGUGCAUCGCACCGGCUGGGGCAAGAGAGAUGAACAUGGUCCAGUCUCGUACCACGCCAACUUCAAGGUGGGUCGCAAGCCCAAGAUCGCCGCCUUGCAGGGCAUGAAGGUCUGGCGCUCGACCGACUGCGCCACGAACGGCUCGUGGGGGUGA